AUGGAGGACCGCAUCGCGCCCCUGAUGAAGAAGCUCGAGACCCAUCCCCUCUACAAGGCCGUCCAGAACCUUGAGCAACUCCGCGUUCUGAUGGAGAACCACGUAUUCGCCGUGUGGGAUUUCAUGGCUCUUCUCAAGUUCCUCCAAGUCGAGCUCACUUGUGUAUCGGUCCCAUGGAGGCCCGUCGGCAAGAAGGACUCUCGCCGUCUCAUCAACGAGAUCGUCUGCGCCGAGGAAAGCGACCAGAUUGCCGGACGCAACAUCUCGCACUUGGAGCUGUACCUCGAGUCGAUGGAGGGUUGCGGAGCCCGCACUCGCCCGAUUCAACGACUCCUCGAGCACUUCUCCAAGCAGGCCAAGCCCGAUAUCUCUGACGCCGCCCUCCAGAAGGCCUUCGCCGAGUGCGAGGUCCCCGCCCCGGCCGCCCGCUUCAUGCGCCACACUUUCGAAUUCGUGCGCACCGGCAAGCUGCACAUUGUCGCGUCGGCGUUCACUUUCGGCCGCGAAGACCUGAUCCCGUUGAUGUUCACCGGCCUGCUGAAGGACAUGAACCGCAAGAUUGGCGGCGGACUCGACACCUUCAUCCAGUACCUCGAGAGGCACAUUGAGGUCGAUGGUGAUGAGCAUGGCCCGAUGUCCCUGCAGAUGGUCUCCGAAAUCUGCGGCGCCGAGGGUGACCCGAAGUGGGCUGAAGCCGGCGUCGCCGCCGAGCAGGCCCUCCAGGCCCGCAUCGACCUCUGGGACGGUGUGGUCGAGGAGCUCAAAAAAGUCCCCUGC